CAUUGCGGUGGAAAUUGGAACGACUGUGUAGGUAGAAAGGGUUAGUUCAAAGGGUGUGCAUUGGCCAGUAUACAUCCACAGGUGUUUUCAAUCGGAUCAGUAAACAACCACACGCUGGCAGGUGCGUAUAUAGGCUGGAGUCUGCAGUUGGAUUACAAGUGUUUCUGCGGCUAAACGUUAGGCCUUAUUUUAAACAGUUUAAGCAGGUUCUUCCGCGAGCCUUGUCGGAGUAUAGAAGGGACGAAAGCUAUGUCGUCGGCCGGUCUCCAGGUUCUGGGUAUAUCGCUUGCAAUCAUCGGUUGGAUUGGUGACAUCGUCAUCUGCGCGCUUCCAAUGUGGAAGGUGACUGCUUUCAUGGGCAGUAAUAUCGUAACGGCGCAGACCUUCUGGGAAGGCCUUUGGAUGAACUGCGUCAUACAGAGUACUGGCCAGAUGCAGUGUAAGGUCUAUGACUCCAUGUUGGCUCUCCCCCGGGACCUGCAGGUCGCUAGAGCUUUGGUUGUCAUCUCUAUUCUCGUGGCUGUGAUCGGAAUACUGCUGUCAGUGGCCGGGGGGAAGUGUACCAACUGCAUCGAAGACCAAGCGACGAAGGCAAAGGUGGCCAUAAUCUCCGGCGUGUUCUUCAUAGUUGCAGGUGUCCUUUGCUUGAUCCCCGUGUCCUGGUCCGCCAACACCGUUAUCCGGGAUUUCUACGACCCGCUGCUCACCGACGCGCAGAGAAGGGAGAUCGGUGCCUCGCUGUUCAUCGGCUGGGGUUCUGCUGUCCUGCUGCUACUCGGGGGCUCGCUACUCUGCUGUCAUUGCACCAAACGUAAAGAUAACGGGUACUUUGCCAAAUAUUCCGCUGCGCACUCCGCCGCCAGCGGAGGAGCCUACGUGUGACAAAACAUUCUGAAUGUGUUGCAGUGAAAGUGAAUCUUCACUUCAGUGCACCUGGCCAUUUUAAGUCAAUUUUAACUCUGCAUUUCAACUUGAUGUUUUAUGUGCUGUAAUAAAUGUUUUAAGUUAA